UUUGUUUACAGCCAUUUCUUUUAAGCGAGGCCGUACUAGUGCCUUCAUAUUUCUGACACCCUGCUGCGAGUAUAACGCAGCCCAGCAGCCCAGCAGCCCAACAGGCUCACAUCUGCCUGCCGUCGGCUCGGAUGCCGACAGGGGAGCGCUGCUCUCUUUAACUUCCGGGAAGAAGAGGACAGUACCGCGCCUACCUUCCUGCCCCCGCGCGAGCACGGCGAAACGCGUUGCUCGAGGAUACAGCUGUUACAGGGACGCGUGAAGAAACGGGCUCCGGUGACGUCAGUGCCCCGAUUGUCUUUCUUCAUAAAGGAAGCCGAAAACUACACCUUCUGGUAACUAAAUAUAUUGUGGCAAAUUUUGAGAUGCGCGCAAACCAGGGUCGCGCUGUUCGCGACGUGCGUUCCUCCGCGCUCUGCUGAAUAUUUUGGGUGUCUUCACCCCCCUCCUCCAAACUUUUUUUUUUUAUAACCACCACCACAUCUGCCUGUGUUACUUCGGCUUUCGGCUCGCGCUUGGUGGCUGCGACGCGCAGCUGGCGGGAAGCGUGCGUCAUGAACGCGAAAAGAACGGCGGAGAAGAAGAAGGGUCUGACUCCGAGUUGUGCGAGCGCGUUCUUCGUGCUCCUAACGACACUGUGCGGCUUUUGUGGCGCCGAGGAGGCGUCUUGCAGCGGAGCGUUUGACCUCUACUUCGUGUUGGACAGGUCAGGAAGUGUGGCAAACAACUGGCAUGAGAUCUAUGGAUUUGUGGAGCAACUUACUUCCCGAUUUGUGAGCCCCCAGAUGAGGGUAUCCUUCAUUGUUUUCUCAUCAAGGGCUGAAGUGAUGUUACCCCUUACUGGAAACAGGUAUGAAAUAGAACAAGGUUUAAAUCGACUACAUGCUGUCAAACCAGCGGGUGAAACCUAUAUGCAUGAAGGGUUUAAAAAGGCAUCCGAACAGAUGAAGGCACAAGCCAAAAAGUCAUCCAGCAUCAUAAUUGCCUUGACAGAUGGAAAGCUGCAGGGCUACCUGUACCAACUGACAGUGGAACAGGCAAACAUCGCAAGGGAGUACGGGGCAAGGGUUUAUUGUGUCGGUGUGCAAGACUUUGAUGAGGACCAGCUUGCAGAUGUGGCUGACUCAAAAGAUCAAGUAUUCCCCGUGAUAGGAGGGUUUCAAGCUCUAAAAGGCAUUGUAAAUUCGAUUUUGAAACGGUCCUGCAUAGAAAUUACAUCAGUGGAACCAUCCAGUGUCUGCGUGAAUGAAACCUUCAAUGUUGUAGUGAGAGGAAACGGUUUCAGACUGAGGAGUGGCACAGAUACAACAGUCUGCAGUUUCGUUCUUAAUGGACAGACCUAUAAGGAGAAGCCAAGUGAAGCCUAUGACAACUACAUCCUGUGUCCAGCACCUGUGCUGCAUGAAGUCGGACAAUCAGUAGAAGUAUUGGUCAGCUUGAACAGCGGCCAUUCCUUCAUUGCAAGUGCUGUUACCAUCACUGCCACAACAUGUUCGGAUGGCACGGUGGUGAUCAUUGUGUUCCUGGUUCUUCUCUUGCUUCUGGCCCUGGCACUCAUGUGGUGGUUCUGGCCCCUCUGCUGCACUGUGGUUAUCAAGGACCCCCCUCCACCACCCCCACCUGCACGAGAACCGGAGCCUGAGCCAGACCCCCUUCCCAAGAAAAAAUGGCCUACUGUAGAUGCUUCUUACUAUGGGGGACGAGGUGCCGGAGGGAUUAAACGAAUGGAGGUGCGCUGGGGAGAAAAAGGCUCCACGGAGGAAGGGGCAAGAUUGGAGAAAGCCAAAAAUGCAGUGGUGACCAUAAAAGAGGAGGCAGAGGAGCCUAUCAUGAAGAAAACUCCUCAAAGACCACCCCCUACUUACCAACAAGAGUCCAAGUGGUAUACGCCUAUUAAGGGGCGUCUUGAUGCUCUGUGGGCUCUCCUACGGCGGCAGUAUGACCGUGUUUCUCUCAUGAGGCCAACGGGGGGAGAAAAGGGGCGUUGUAUUAACUUUAAUCGAGUCCAGAACUAUUAGGCGAAAAAGUCUGCGGUCUUUGGCAUGGAAUGGUUACUACCUACUGAGGACAUAUGAAGAAUGACAGAUCUCGAAGACCUCACCCCUCUUUACCCACAACCACUAUCAUUUUGCGUCUAUUCUUUAUGUGCACUUAGGAUAUCCUUAUACUUUGCAAUAUAGGGUAUUUCUUCCUUAAUUUUUUUGAGCACUUUUUUGUGGCUUUUAAUCUUUAUAACUCAAUACAUUGAAGUAGAAGAUUUGUAUGCUCUUGCUUACAAACUUACAAAAAAAGAUAAUAUAGCAACUGCACCUCAUUGUGUGCCUUUGUUAAUUGCCUUUUUAAUCACACUGUUGCCUUAAGAUACACUUUCUAACAGUGUUGUGCCUUUUAUUGAAACUCGUAUUUCUUAUAGACUGCAGUGAUCAAAGUGAGAAAAUGGAGGUAUUUUCCACAAAGUGGGCGUCUGGGAACUGGGUGUCUGACGUGUCCCUAGGAGCCUUUUAGCCAUCGGACAGCUCAAAUAGACUGGCUGACUCAACCCCUUCUAGCUGUCUCAUUGAUGCCAAUUAUGUUCUACCAUUAUUGACUGCUGGUCACAUUGAGUGGAUGGCAUGAAGUACGCACAGCCCUGAGGCAAGUUCAGUUUCUAGGAAUUCUUUUUCUAGGAAUCUUGAAUGGGAACAAGGUACAGGCGCAAGAAGUUUACAGUGGCAUCCCUGAUAGUUUUCAAAGUCAGACUGCUUAAGGAUCAAAAGGCUCAUUGUUCUCCGACAGAGCUGUAUUCCAAAGAUACUUAGGGUAUUGAGACAUGGAGGCAGAGAAUUAAGACUUUGAAUUUAAUACAGGCAUCCUCAUUUUUUGCCACGAUUUCAGAUUUUUUAGGUUCCUAAAUAUCACAUAGUGUUGGAAUUAAACACUGGCCCAAAACUGGAUUUUAUGUCUGAUCGGUUCUGAGGCGUCAAUGUAAUGUUAAAAGCCUGGAUUUCCCUGUCUUUUUAAAUUAAAUUCACAGUGUAGUCUUUAACAGAUCAUGUUGUUAGUAAUGUAAAAACUGCAAGCAUGUACCCAAAUUAAAAUAUUUCAC